AUGUCGCAGUCUGUCAUCUAUAGCUCUCCUCCCAUCGCUGGACGACCGCCCUACGCGACCGACAUCCCAGACUCAGAGUACGAGCAGCGGCCAGCACAGAUUCGCAGGAUUAGACAACCAGCUCCCGAGAAUCCGAACGACAGGACAUCUGCUUACAACAUGUGCGUGUUUGACUUCGGUUUUGUCAUGCUGCAUUCGAUUGCGCGUUGCCAGCAGAGAUGGUCUAAGGACCUUUGCGCAUCCGCAAGUUGCCAUCUGACGCAAAAGUACAGGUACGACCAAUACCUCGAGAGCGCGAAGCAGCCCCCACGAUACGAUAACCCAUUCGACGACAGCAAAUAUAUGCACGAUGUGAAGCAGCCGCAGCGGGCCAUUCCCAUAGCUGCCCCCCGACCAGGGUACCCGGCCCCCGUCGCGGCACUCAACCUCGCACAGCCGAGGCGCGCAGCGACACCGGAGGGCCGGCAACGGUCCCCAUCGCCCUCUGCACUGUCGCCCGAAAUGAGCCAGGCAUUCCCAAAGCCCCUCACUCUCGUGUCACGGCAGGCAUCGCCUGUAUCGGGCCCAUUGCACAAUGCUCCGCACGAACUGCAGCCGUCGAUGACACCUAUCUCGCCGGCGUUUAUCCGCCCGUCGAGUGCCGCUAGCCAGAGACGCGAUGUCAAGUUUUCCCCGACGCCCAUUCUGCGUGGAGAUCAAGAGGAGACACUCUUGCUGAAGCAGGGGAAAGGCGAGGAGUUCUGGCGGAGAUUUAGCAUGGUCGCUCAUGAUGAUCUCGCACGCAAGGAGAAACCAAGCACCUUGGAUGGAAACAGUCGCUACUCGCGUUGGGUGUGGAUUGUGGGCAUGAUGCUUCUGACAAUCAUUGUCCUACUCGUCUGCCUCAUCGUUUACAAGGUGAAGUCAGAUAACAGCACGAGUAACGUCGUGACUGCGUUGGGUGGCAGCGCGAACGAAGAAUACUCAUCAUCUGCCGACGGCGCCGCGUCUACUUCCCUCUUCGUCUCGCCAACGUAUACGGUAGCACGCCGCAGCGACGUCUUCGAGGACGUCGUCCCUACGUCGAUACCCGAGCCCAUCGCCCACCUUGCCCCUUCACCCCGUGGGUCGCAUUCUCGUACCCAGCACCGACGCGGCUCGCAUUCUCGUGCACAAUACCGGCGCGGCUCGCACUCCCGCACCCAAUACCGACGUGACUCGCACUCUCGUAUCCAGAGCCGGCGCAGCAUCGAGAACGGUACAUCGCUAGACUGA